CUUGUUCUUCAGCUCAGAGUAAUCUGGAGCCCGCGCAGAAGGGUCACUGCAGCUGCCUGGUCCAUUCAGCCAUGCUCAUAAAGUUUAUCUGCGCCGUGGUCACUAGAGGACUGUUCAUCUUGAUCUCGCUCAUUGGCGUGUGGAGGGUGACGAGGGUGAAAGAAAAUAACCUCUACUGGUUUCUGACCAUCCUCUAUCUGCCCCUUGUAUUCGAAAUGAUUCUAACGCUGAGGAGGAGAAAAGGGAAGGACUACAAGUGGUUCUCUCCGUCAAUUUUCCUCUUCCUUCUCAGUAUUAUUCCCACCAUUUGGAUCCUUGAGCUGCAUCAUCAGCAGAACAAAUCGAGUAGUGCCAAGUGUGGUAAACUUGAUUCUCCUGAGAGCAUCAAAAAUAUUUUUAAUAGCAUGAGGAACACGACCAAUGGAACUGAAGCUUAUAAGUUCUUUAAGGACUCAGCAAAGUUCUUGUCAUCCGUAUGCGCCAACGACUGGAUCCUGGCUUUGCACCAGAUCCUGCUCAUCCUGCUGAUCGUGGGGAAGUGGCUGAUGCCCAUUGGAGAGGGGGUCACCCGGGACCAACUUUCCCAGCUGUUGCUCAUCUUCGUGGGCACAGCUGCCGACAUCCUGGAGUUCACAAGCGAGACGCUGUCCGAUGUGAAAGAUAAUAGCCCUCAGUUGGUGUACAUUAUUCUAGCUGUGUGGACGUGGAGUAUGCUACAGUUCCCCUUUCAUCUCUCAGUGGUUAAUUCGAAAGCUGGUGAUGAGUGUGAGAGCCAACCCGACACUUUGCUCAACAGACACAGUACAGACUUUUGGGCUGUGGUGGAGACCCUCUUCAUUCAGGACGGCCCAUUCCUUUUGGUUCGCUUGACGGUCAUGAUCCAUUUUAACAUCAUCCACCAAAUGCUGGUCUUCUUUACCAUCAAGAACUUGCUGGUGGUGACGCUGAAUGUCUACCGGAUGUGGGUCAUUUUUCAUGACUACAGAUCAAUCUGAGUGUCCAAAAUGCAGCUUCAAGGCCUUUGAUCAAACUUUUUAGCUAUUAAAUGGGACCACCUUGGCUAUGUGACCUAGCAGUGGCUUUGGUUGAAGGCUUGUUGCUGUAUCACUACUGGUGGACUCAUCUGGAUGAUGUUACAUUCUUGAAUAGUUUACAGACCCUUAUUAUGCAUGACAGUGGUAAUUAAUUGGAAAGUAGAAAGAAUUGAUUGCAUAGCUGCACUGCAAAAUGAGAUGUAUUAAACUAAUUUGAUUCAAAUAUGUACAUCAUGUCCACACUAAUUAAAAGGUUUAUAUAUACAUA